CCUCCACCUUCCGGCGAGAACCCACACCACCGCACCUCCCCCAGCACCACCCAUGGCCCCCAAGGCGGAGAAGAAGCCGGCGGCGAAGAAGCCCGUGGAGGAGGAGCCUGCGGCCGAGAAGGCCCCGGCCGGCAAGAAGCCCAAGGCGGAGAAGCGGCUGCCGGCGGGGAAGGCGGCGGCCAAGGAGGGCGGCGAGGGCAAGAAGGGCAAGAAGAAGGCCAAGAAGUCCGUCGAGACCUACAAGAUCUACAUCUUCAAGGUGCUCAAGCAGGUGCACCCGGACAUCGGCAUCUCCUCCAAGGCCAUGUCCAUCAUGAACUCCUUCAUCAACGAUAUUUUCGAGAAGCUCGCCGGCGAGUCCGCCAAGCUCGCGCGCUACAACAAGAAGCCCACCAUCACCUCCCGGGAGAUCCAGACCUCCGUCCGCCUCGUCCUCCCCGGCGAGCUCGCCAAGCACGCCGUCUCCGAGGGCACCAAGGCCGUCACCAAGUUCACUUCCGCCUAGGCUGCUGUCUUGUGUUCUCGGAGAGUGGCUCCUCUCUUCUGUGUCGUCUUUAGGUGAAAUCGCUGGUACUCUGUAGUUAGAUGUCUGAGUUUGUUCUGAGCAUGUCGUCUUGUAAGAAAUUUGCUGCCUGUGGAAUAUCGCUACUGUUUCAAUCUGAAGAAAUGUUACCAUCGCUUCGAA